AUGACGAUGACAACGAGAGGAAUUUUACUUUCCAAAGAUUUAAAACUUUUACUAAACAAUCCAACAUAUAGUGAUUUAAAAAUAUUGUGUGAAGAUGAGGUGAUAGUAUAUGGAAAUAAAGCGAUAUUGGCAGCAAGGUGUGAAGUAUUAGAUAAAUUAUUAUUCAACGGUAUGAAAGAAACCAAUCAAAGCCAAAUUAAAUUCCCGGUAAUCAAAUCCACCCCAAUGUUGAUUGUGAUGGAGUAUUUGUAUACUGGGGUGUUGAAUAAUAACGAAAUGGAAAUUAAAUUGGCAAAAGAUAAUGUUGUCGAAGCGUAUCAUGCAUCUGAUUAUUUUCAAUUCAGCACCAAUAGUGUUGAAAAUAUUGCACCAGAGUUAUUAACGAACGCGGUUAGAAAAAUGACAUCUAAAGCAGAUAAUGAAUUGAUUAGAUUAUUGACAAGCUGUGUAGCAAAGGUUCCGUUAGAUACAUUGGGUCAUGACAAACUUAGUGUUGAAGCAUUGAAAUGUUUACUACGACAAACUUUUGAUACCAAAGAAUUGUUUGUCACUCCAGAAUAUUCAAUAUUUAGAUAUGUUGUAAUAAGAAUAACAAAUAAUUUAUCAAAAGAUUUGGAUGAGGAUGAGGAAGAUAGAAAGAAAUACGAAGAGGCUAGACCUUUGAUAAUUGAAAAUUUAUUACCAUUAUUGAAAUUUAUUGAUCUAAGAAGAAUAGAUGUAAAUUUAUUGAUCGAUGUCAUUGAACCAUUAAAUCUGAUACCAGUAUCAACUUUACUAGAUGUUUACAGGUUUCAAGCCAGGGAAAAACGAUCGUUAUCACCGACUAGACGAGCACCGUUGACCAAAUGGAACAUCAAUUGGGAUAAACAAUGUAUAGGAAGCAAUCUGGUGAUUACCAAAGACAACAAUAAUUGCGUUGUAGAAAGUUCCAAAACCGGUAUAAAUGUACACAAUAAUGUUAGAGCCAAUUUUUUGAUAUGCGAUGAAGGAAUAUUUGAAUGGGAUGUGGUGGUUGAGGAAAUAUGCAUUUACGCAUGGGUAGGAAUUGCCACAGAGAAAGGUUUGGACUAUUCGAUAUUUGCCGGUCAACAAACAUGUGCAUGGGUGCUUGGAUCAAGUGGUAAAUGUUAUCAUAAUAACACUAGAACCAAUUAUGCAUCAGAAUUUAGUAGUGGAACGAGAAUCACUGUUCAUCUAGAUAUGACAAAUAAAACUUGUGCCUUCUCUAUUAACGGCGUGAAAUAUCCAAAUGUUGCAAAUUGGACAAAUCUUCCUUCAAGGGUAUAUCCAAUUGCUUCGAUAAAUCAACCAGAACAAUCUAAAAAAUUACAAAGAAUUUGA